AUGAUUUCAGGAAUCUCAGCUCACUAUCACCAAGAAUUCUUUCUAUCUCUUCUAUAUCUUUCAACUCCCGUCAAACAAAUGGAGCGAUUCGACGUUGCGGUUAUCGGCCUCGGUGCCCUCGGAAGCGCCGCAGCAUAUCAAGCGUCCGCCAAAGGAGCCAAAACUCUUGGCCUCGAACAAUUUGAGCUGGGUCAUGUUCGUGGCGCAUCGUCUGAUACUUCACGUAUUAUCAGAACCUCCUACGGCUCCCCGCAGUACGUUGCACUUGCGCAAGCGGCUUACAAGGAUUGGGAUGAGCUGCAGAAGAAUGCUGGAGUUCAACUUGUGCAGAUUACCGGCGGAGUUGUGUUGCUGCCAAGAGGAGGACAAGCUUCCUCUGCUAGUGAAUUCACAGCGAGUCUUGAUUCUUGCGGCGUGAAAUACGAGCUUCUAAGCUCAAAAGAAGUUAACGAACGUUGGCCUGGAUUCAAAAUUGCCGAUGACAUCGAUACUGUGUACACAGCAGAUACUGGUAUCGUUCAUGCUAGCAAAGCUGUGACUGCCAUGCAAUAUCAAGCUCGUGCCAAUGGAGCCAUUCUGAAGGAAAACCAUCGCGUCGACAAAAUCACCCCCGAGGGAAACGGCAACGGCGUAGUUAUUGAAACCUCCAAGGGUCGAUUCUGGGCAAAAAAAGUCAUUCUUUCAGCCGAUGCCUGGGUCAACAAGCUUCUGAGGCCUCUUGGAGCUGAGAUUCAAGGAUUGACAGUUAUGCAAGAGCAAGUUACCUACUUCAAACCCUUGGAUCCUGAACGCUAUGAGCCAAAGAACUUCCCUGUGUGGAUUUGGGGUGACAACCCAUUAUAUUACGGAUUUCCGGCAUACGGAGAGCCAAGUAUAAAAGCAGGUCAAGAUCGACAGCGAAACGUGAUGCAUCCGGACCAUCGUACUUUCGCUCCAUCGCCAGAGCUACUCAACAAGUUGACCAAAUUCAUGGACACUAUUAUUCCCGACCAUGGGCCCGAGCUACGAACCGUUACGUGUCAAUAUGCGGUCACACCGGACCGACAGUUCAUGAUUGGCCCCUUGAAGAAUCACCCCGACAUUAUCUUGGCCCAGGGCAAUGGACAUGCAUUCAAGUUUGCUCCUGCGAUCGGCCGAGUGGUGGCGGAACUCGCAAUUGACGGCAAGACGAAGCAGGACAUUUCCUUGUUUCCCGUCCAAGACCCGAGCAACGGCCCCCGACGCGCCAUGAGCAGCCAUUUGUAG